AUGAAUUUUCCUAUCAUCGCUCCGCACUUGCUGACACACUACUUGCUUCGGAACAACAAGAUCAGCAUCGACCGAGCUGCUGCCGGGCGCUUUUGGCAGCAUUUCAAGGCGCAGAAAGCUCCUUGGAUGGAGGGGUUCGACUGGAAGGCUUUUGUGCCGGUUGCACUCUAUGGGGACGAGGCGGAGUACAGCAUCACGAAGGAGCAAAUCUUGGCACUGUAUAUCAGAUAG